UUUGUUUGUUUGUUUUUUUUUUUAUUCGUCUUCCUUUAGGCAAAUAUUUAACAAUAAAGUGCAUUAUUAAAAAAGUGACAUUGAAGCAAGGCAGGGCAGGAAGUGUUUCGAUAGAUGAUAGUCGAAGAUAAAUCUUCCCCCCCGUAACCCUCCAUAACCAGCGUGCCCUUUUUAAAAAAAUAAAAAAAUAAAAAUAAAAGAAAUUAACAGAAAAUUCGUCAAAAAUAAUAUCGCAUUAAAAAAACAAUUUUGCGAUUAGUUCAAUUAGAUUCCACUGAUUUCAGAUUUUUCAUCAGAAGAGAGCUUUUUAUUAUGUUUAGCUCGAAGAGUAUCGUUUCAUCUCUUCUCUUGAGAAGAACAUUUUCGAAGAAAUUAAAGUGGGGAUGAAGUCUGGUCGUAUAUAAGCAUUCUGCACUCUCGUCUCGCAUUGGUUGUUCCCCAAUCCGGGCAACUUUUCCAAGACUUGGCAGAGCGGACAACCUCGCGAGUGAGCGCAGAACCUAGCCCCGCCGACGAGCAGCAGCAGCAGAUCAGCACAGAUUUAACAAGAAGUCUUCAACGAGAGUUCAAGGUCCACUUAAUCGUCAUCGUCAACAAAAUAUCUAACGAACUUCAUCAUCUUACACGAAUACUCAGCUACAUCUGAUAAAUUUACCAAGCCAGAUUCACCCCACUGCACGGACAUCGUAGAAUGGUAGAAGGUGAACCCGAAUCAAAGCACAACGAUAAGUGUGAUGUAAAAGACGAGCGCCCAAACGGUUGUGGUUCCAAGGAACUUGAACUUGCCCGAAUCGGGCCCAAGGAUAAGAACCUAGAUCCAGAGAAAGGAUCCUGCAUCAAAGCCGAUUUCGAAAAGGCCAUCGAACUUACCGAGUAUGGCAAGUUUCAUUACUUCCUGCUCGCGGUAUGCGGCUUCGUCAGUACCAGUGAGGAGAUGGACGUAAUUUCCAUGUCCUUUAUCUUACCAAGUGCACAAUGUGAUCUAAAACUUGAUACCCAAGCUAAGGGAUGGCUCAACUCGAUCAUUUUCAUUGGCAUGAUGGCCGGUGCGUACGCCUGGGGCUCCGUUGCGGAUGCCUUGGGUCGUCGCAAGGUCCUCAUUGCCAUAUCCUUCAUGAAUGCCCUUUGCAUCGUUGCAUCCAGCUUUAGCCAGUCCUACGAACUCUUCAUGUUCUUCCGUUUUCUAAACGGUGCAGCACUUGGAGGAAGCGGCCCGGUCAUCUGGUCGUAUUUUGCCGAGUUCCAACCUAAAUCAAAACGAGGCUCCAUGCUUUCAUUCAUGGCAGCUUUCUGGACACUCGGAAAUCUCUUCGUAGCUGGUUUGGCAUGGUUGAUCAUCCCUCAAGACAUUGGUAUCACAAGUAUAGCAUUCACAUAUAACUCUUGGAGAAUCUUCCUGCUGAUCUGCGCUGCUCCGUCGUUCAUCGUGGCGGGGCUGCUUCUGCUGCUCCCAGAAUCCCCCAAAUAUCUUUUAUCCUGCGGAAGAUAUCAGGAAGCUCUUGAUAUCUUCCGUGGUAUUUAUGCCAUUAACACUGGCAGGUCUCGCGACAGUUACACGGUAAAAGAACUGAUCCUCGAUGACUUCCAAGAACCAGAGCCUGUCAAGGCCGAUAUCGUGGAACGGAGUAAAUGUAAGAUGAUGCUCGGUGACAUCCUGGAUAACAGUCGUCAAUUAUUUGUCUCACCGAUACUCCGUUUCACUGUCGUCUCCAUCAUUAUAAACUUCACCUUCCAUAUCGGUUAUUAUGGUUUAAUGAUGUGGUUCCCGGAAUUGUUUAAUCGAUUCGACGAAUUUCAUCGUGACCAUCCGGGCCAAUCAACAUCCAUAUGCGAGGUCACCGAUUACGUUGUUAACAGGGGUUCACAUCGUAUCGAAAAUGUUUGCAAUGAUAAAAUCGGUUCUUCCGUUUUUAUGGAGUCACUUAUUACUGUGGCUUCUGCUAUUCCGGCUAAUAUCGUUGCCGUUCUGGGAAUGGAUCGUCUUGGUCGUAAAUUUUUCCUUGUGUUCAGUACUCUCUCGUCGGGACUCUGUUCUAUCGGAUUGUACUUCGUGUACAACAAAUAUCACAAUCUCAUUGUCUCGGCCUUCUUCAGCGGUGUUAUCAGUUGCGGUAAUGCCGCAUUAGACUGCCUGAUCACUGAAGUAUUUCCAACUCAUCUACGUGCAACAGGUAUCGCAAUUUCGAUGGUUGCUGCACGUCUCGGUGGUAUCAUCGGUAAUAUUGUUAUAGCUCAACUUUUGGACAUGUAUUGUCCAGCACCCACAUUUAUCGUCGCUGGUCUUUUGAUCGGUGGCGGUUUACUGUGCCUAUUUUUACCAAAUACAACUCGUGAACCACUUUCUUGACAUUGGCUAAAUAAAUCAACGUUGUGUUGUUCCUCAACGAAUCGUGUACAGUCUAUCGUCUUACGUGCAUUUUAUUUCGUUGCAAUAAUUUUUGAUUUUUCCUUACCAUUUGUUAUUACCUACGACUUGUAGUAGAUAUAUAAUAUGUUUUAUUAUUAAUAUUUUCUUUACAUAAGGAUCGUCCACGUGCACAUAAAAAAAAAAAAAUUAAUGAAAAAGACAAAAAAAAAAUUAAUUUAAAAAAUAAUUAAGUAAUAUUAUAUACAAGCACAUGAAACUAAAAUGGAGUGAUUGGAAGAGAGUUCGUUUCGCGAAACAAAUAUUCGCAAGUAUUACUUAUAUGUUUGUUUAUAAUGAAACUUUUUAAAAGACGAUGACACACAUCUCGAUUUUCCAUUAAUAUUAAUUCUAUUAGAACAAAACAAAAUUUUAUAUACAUAUCUUUUCGUCAUCCUUCUUCAAAACUCUUUCUAAUGUUACUCAUACAUAGGAUAAAACCAAAAGUUCUUAAAUGAUGUUUAAAUUUAAUUACUCUUUUUCUAAACUCUUCAAAUUAAAACUAGAAGCUUAAUUAAAUCUUUCAAAUUAAUUAUAGACUUUUGGUCAACCUUGUUUAAGAUUUAAAUUUAUAUAUUAACCAAUUGAAAAAAACAAUUCAUUGAAAAGUUAAACUCUGUUUAAAAGGUACAAAUAUAAGAAUUAUUUGUGUUAAGAGAUUUUGACUAUUAUAUAUAUAUUAUAUAUUUUGUUAUACUUAUAG